AUUGAUAACCAUAAUAAACAUUCCAUCAAAUAAUCUGAUAAAUCCGACCCGACGCUUGAUUACGCUUUCACAAUUCAUCUUCUGGUUCAUUGUUUCGGUACUGAUUAUUAUUGGUAUCGUGAUAACAAAAUUAUUGUUGACACAAUAUCGUAGUGAAGUCGAUAUCCUAUUUUCGCGCGUCUCCAUCGAGAAGCUGGUUUGGUCGAGAUAUAUUGAUGAUUGCAUACCAUAAACAUGAAUGAAGAAAGAAUACAAGAAAACCCGAAUGAGGAUUUGGAUAAUGAACAGCCCAUAAAAAAACUCCCCUACCCCAAAUCAGUAUUCUUCAUAGUGAGCAAUGAAUUUUGCGAAAGAUUUAAUUACUAUGGAAUGCGAACCGUGCUGGUCAUAUACCUCACGAACAUCCUCCUAUAUUCCGACGCCGACGCCAAAGUCAUCUACCAUUCCUUCAACAUGUUCUGCUACUUCUUCCCCAUCUUCGGCGCCAUCGUAUCGGACAGCUUCCUGGGCAAAUUCAACACCAUCUUCUACGUCUCCAUGGUAUACGCUUGCGGCAGCGUUCUCUUAACCCUCGCCUCCAUAGACCCCUUAGGAAUACCACAGAAAGAAUUCUCGAUAAUCGCCUUGCUGCUCAUGGCGAUAGGAUCCGGAGGGAUAAAGCCCUGCGUGUCGGCCUUCGGCGGCGAUCAAUUCGUGCUGCCCCAGCAAGAUUUGCAACUGGCCGCGUUCUUCUCGCUCUUCUACUUCUCCAUCAACGCCGGCAGCUUGAUAUCCACGUUCGUGACGCCGCUGCUGAGGAACGACGUGCAAUGUUUCCACAACGACAGCUGCUUCCCGCUGGCCUUCGCCGUGCCCGGCGUCCUCAUGAUCAUCUCCAUAGUGGUGUUUGCGUUCGGAAAGCCGCUGUACAAGAUCAAGAAGCCCCAAGGCAACGUGGUGGUGCAAGUGGCGAAAUGCGUUGCGUGCGCGAUAGGAGGAAAGGUAAAGUCGAAGGAGAAGCGGGCGCAUUGGCUGGAUUACGCCGAAGGGAAGUUCGGAAGCCAGCUGAUCGACGACAUCAAGGCGACGCUGCACGUGCUGGUGCUCUACCUGCCGUUGCCGAUCUUCUGGGCGCUCUACGACCAGCAGGGCUCCGGCUGGACGCUGCAGGCCGUGCGGAUGAACGGCGACAUCGGGUUCUACACGAUACUGCCGGACCAAAUGCAAGUGGUCAACCCGCUGUUGAUCCUCUCGUUCAUUCCCUUGUUCACCUACUGGGUGUACCCUCUCUUGGCUAAAGUCAACUUGCUGAAGACGUCGCUGCAGAGGAUGGUUUGCGGCGGGUUUUUAGCGGCUGUGGCUUUUGCCGUGUCUGCUGUGGUUUCGAUGAGCAUAGAAAAUGGGGACCCCGUGCUGCCGACGAGCGGUAAUAUGCAGCUUCGAUUGUACAAUCCCAGCCAUUGCGCGUACAAGAUGAUGGCGUUGGAGCCUUUAAACUUGACGUUUGAUAUCGGUAGUUACGAUUACAAAGAGUUUAAGGGAAUAGAUUUCGAUGAGGCAAGGGACGUAAAAUUCGAUUUCGUAGCGACUUCGGAAAUUGCUGGAUGUCCAAGCUUCCAUCCAAGCUUCCAUUUGAAACCGGCCGAAGCGCAUGGUAUAGUUAUCUUGAAGAAUGGACCUGCUUACUAUAAAGAUAACGUGACUAAAAGUGAAACGGGUUAUCCAUUCGUGAGAACGUUGGAUUUUACUUCGAACAAUGUGAUAACGUACAAAAAGGGAUCACGUUCUGUGAGUUCGCGAGACUACAACAUCCAGUACGAAGUCUCAGCACCAGGGAAAUAUUCCAUAGAACUAAACGGUGCCAGUACAGGCGAAUCUGUAGAGUUUAAAUUAGGAGGAACGUACGUCAUGAUGGUAAACUCGGAAACAAAGAAAUUCGUAAGCACCGUGCUGACGGAGCCCAACAGCGUCCACAUUCUCUGGCUGCUGCCCCAGUACUUCAUCAUCACAGCGGCCGAGAUAAUGUUCUCCAUCACCGGCCUGGAGUUCUCCUACUCGCAAGCGCCGGUGACGAUGAAAUCGCUCCUGCAGGCCUGCUUCCUGCUGACGACGGCCUUCGGGAAUUUGAUCAUCGUCAUCAUCGAAUCCGCCAAGAUAUUCGAUAAGCAGAGUAACGAUUUCUUCUUGUAUACGGGAUUGAUGGUGGUGGAUAUGCUGAUCUUCACGUUUUUGGCUAGUAGGUAUAAGUACGUGCGGAAUGAAGAUAGCAAUGUUUCCGAGGGAGUUUCGGAGGAAACGUUACCGGAAAUCGAAGAGAAGUUAGGAAGGAACGGCAUCGACAAUCCUACGUUCGUGAAAAAUUGAUAACCGUAUGAAAGUACUUAAAUUUACGAGAAAUUGCAAGAAAAAGCGUUCGAUAAUCGAAUGUAGUUUGUUGAUUUUUUUACAAAUUAAUUUAAGGUCUAUAAACGCGGCUGUUUAUUCGUAAACUACAAGGUGAGAGUGGCAGAAAAGCAAAUUUUUCGAUAUAAACUAUCUAAUUUUUCACCCUGUAAGUUCCUACUGAAAUUAUGCAAUAACGAAUUUACUUACCUAGUACUGUACAUGCAUUGUAAAUAUAUUUUGUAAUUAAAUUAUUUCUAAG